UCUGCUUCCUGUCUGGAAGGGAGAGGGUUGGCGCAUGCGCGUUGCCUAGGCUGUCCCUGCUGCUUCUCGGGCUCCUCUUCCGGCCUCCCCGAGUCCCUGGUUAGGCGGGGGCGCCUGGAGUCCCUUCGCUGCUCUCAGGCCAAGUAGGGUUGACCUUUGACCUCGGAAGUGAACAGGGCUUGGGCUCUCUCCACCUUGGGGGGGAACUGGGGGGCGGCCUUGCCCUGGGUCAACUCGGGUCCCCACUUCCCCAGGGGAUCCCAAGGAGCUUAGGGCUGCCUCUCCUGCCCACCCCCUGCCUGGACCUGUGCCCCCACUUAACCCCCCAGGGUCACAUCUGUGCAGGUCUCCCACUGGCAUGUCCCUGAGUGCCAGCCCACUAGCUGUAGGGGGGAGGGGGCCCUUCUGACACCCUGCCCUGCUGCACCUUGUGUGCCCCCACCCUUUUGCCCUUUGGACCUCCCUUGCUGGCAGGCCUGCUCCAGACACCCAAGCCCCCAGUUCCUUAGGCUGGUGGUGGGACCCAUCUCUUUAAGUCGAGAUGGCGUGAGGUGUGAGUGUGUGUGGAGGGGGUGUUGUUGGGGAGAGGGAACCACAAGAAGAAAGAGGAGGUUGGGGGGAGGGGGUGGCUGUUUCUGAGGGGAGGGUGAAUAGGGCCGAUACUACGGAUGACUGCUGCCAGGUAGUGCGGUCCUGUGGUGAGUCACCCCCUCCCCCCCACACUUGCUAGGGCGUGGUUUGUAGGGGUGGCACAGCUGGGCCCAAAAAGGAGAGAAGAGGGUUCUGGAUUCCCCCCAGCCCUGUGGAUCAUGGGCCUCCAGCUGCCUUGAUGAAGGACAUUGUGAGCGCCAGCUGGGAAGUGGUGUUCCUUGAGGAGGAGGAGGAGGAGGACGAAGAAGAGGAAGAGGCGGCCCCACCGUGGACAUGGGGUCGCAGGUCCUGCAGAUCCUACGCCAGGGCGUCUGGGCCUCUCUGACCGGUGGCUGGUUCUUUGACCCACACCAGAGCACCUUCUCCAACUGUUUCCACCUCUACACCUGGAUAUUCCUGCUCACCUUUCCCUUCCUGCUCUAUAUGGUGAUGCCUCCCAGCAUUGUGGUGGCGGGCGUGUACUGCGCGGUCGUGGCCGUGUUCUUCACCACCAUCAAGACCAUCAACUACCGCCUGCACACCAUGUUUGACCAGGGCGAGAUUGUGGAGAAGAACUCCGCGCUGGCGGAGGGAGCCAAGUCCGAAGAGGGGGCUGCGGCCGAUGAGGGGAACCUGACCAGGGAUCCUGGCGGGGUGGAGAUGACGGUGUUCCGGAAGGUCAGCUCCACGCCUCCCGUCAGGUGCAGCUCCCAGCAUUCCGUGUUCGGCUUCAACCAGGUCAUGGAUCUGCUGCCCCACUUGGAGGACGGAGGGCCUGUGAGAGACAUCAGGGAGCUUGUUCGGGAGCAGGGCAGCAACAACGUCAUCGUGACGGCAGCCGACCGGGACAUGCUUCAGCGCUGCUCCCCGGAGAACGGCGCGGGCGAAGUCGUAAUGGUGCCCUCCGAGCCGCCAGGCGCGGCUAGCAGCCUGCUGCCCGUCCCCAAGCCAGAGCCCCCGCCCGGCGGGAGGAAGCAGCCCCCUCCUCUCCCCGUCCAGACGUCCCUGCAGAGCACGGACUCCUCGGAGCAGUCGCCCCCAGCCGGGCCGGGCUUGCGGGCGCCCCGCUGGGCGGCCAGCGAGUCGGAGAGCGUGGGCGACACACCGCUGAGCCCCCUCCUCAAGAGCAGCCUGAGCGAGGAGCUGAGCCAGAGCUUCCUGAGCCUGGCGCUGCCCGAGGCCGGGGGCCCCGGCCGGCGAGAGAAGCGCCCCUCGGGGGCCGACUACCAGCCGCUGGAGCCCCGGCCGGAGCGGCCCCUCCAGGCCGGCUCCUCGGACAGCUGCUUCAGCGGCACCGACAAGGAGACACCCAGCACCCUGAGCAGCUACCGCAGCGAGAAGACCAACUCCACCCACCUGGACAGCCCCUCGCUGGGGCCGGGCCCCGGGGAGGGGCCGCUGGGCGGGGGGGCGGGGCCUGGCGCCUCCCCGCCCCCGGAGGGGGGCAGCGACACGGACGCCCUGUCGGACAGCGAGCUGCUGCGCUCCCCGGAGCUGGGCCUGCUGGGGGAGCUCAGCUUCGACACCCAGCACACCCUCCACUCCCUGGAGACGGUCAAGGGGGAGGCCGAGCUGUGGGGCGGCCCCGAACCGGAGCAGGUGGUGCGGCCCAAGGAGCUGGGCCUCAAGGGCCGCCGGCGCCUCUCCCGCAAGCCCGGCGGCAGCAGCUACCUGCCCAUGCGCACCCUCCUGGACAGCAAGGCCUACGCCGAGGGCUUCUUCGCCGACGAGGACUCCAGCGACUGCAGUGACCUGAGCCGGGCCUCCAGCCUCCACUCCCAGCACAACUACAGCACCGACACCUCCUCCAGCACCUCCUGCUACUCCCCCGAGCGCCGCCCCCCCGGGGGCCCCGAGGCCCCGCCCCCCGAAGGCCUGGCCCUCCCACCCCAGCUGGCCCACUACACCCAGCGCAGCGGCAGCACAGCCAGCGCCAAGACCCACGCCCGGGUGCUCAGCAUGGAUGGCAGUGGAGGGGCGGAGGGGAAGCCCCCCGGCGCCCUCACGGUCUCCAAGUCGGACCUGGAGUCUCACGCCGGGAAGCUGGCGGCGGAGCAGGAGCUGGGGGGCACCGUGCGCAGCCAGUCGGCCAACCAGCCCGGCUGGAGGGGGGAGCUGCAGGCCGAGGGGGCCAUUGGAGGAGCUCCCACGGGGGAAGAAGGGCCCAAGUCGGACCGCUCGAGCAGCGUCAAGCGCAUGGCGGCCAUGCGGCGGCGCCACAACGCCGGCAGCAACCCCACCCCGCCCUCCUCGGUGAUGGGCUCCCCGCCCAGUUUGCAGGACCUGCAGCGGGGCCGGGCCUCCUCGCACUCGCGCGCCCUGACCCUGCCCUCGGCCCUGCAGUUCGCCAGCUCCCUCUUGCUGCCCCGCGGGGCCAUCCACGAGGCCUGCAACUUCGACGACACCUCCGAAGGGGCCGUCCACUACUUCUUCGACGAGAGCGGUGUCCGGCGCUCCUACACGUUCGGGCUGGCAGGGGGUGGCUAUGAGAACCCCGUGGGACAGCAGGUCAGCGUGGACCACGCCAGCAACAGCGGCUGGGACCGGCAUUCACAUUCCUCCAGCUUCAACUCGGCAGAGGUGCCCGAAGGGACUCCGGCCCUCACGCUGCUGCAGUCGCGGCCGGUCGUCCUUCAGGGCAUGCAAGUCCGGAGGGUCCCGCUGGAGAUCCCCGAGUUUGACCUUCUGGACCAGGAGUCGCUGCACGAGUCCCAGGAGAACACGCUGAUGAUCGAGGACAAGCGCCACCCGCGCCAGUACUACAAGUUCUGGGUGCUGCCUGGGCACUGGAUGCGGGUGCGAUACGACCGCCUGGCCCUGCUGGCUUUGCUGGACCGGAACUGGCGGGUGGCCGAAAAUGUCUUUGUGGUGUCGCUAGUGAGCCUGGUGGCCUUCCUGGGCUAUCUCCUCCUCCUCCAGGGCUUCUUCCGGGACAUCUGGGUGUUCCAGUUCUGCGUGGUCAUUGCCAGCUGCCAAUACUCGCUGCUGAAGAGCGUUCAACCCGAUGCUGCUUCUCCAAUGCAUGGGCACAACUGGAUCAUUGCCUACAGCCGCCCGGUGUACUUCUGCGUGGCGUGCCUGCUGAUCUGGGCGCUGGACCUCUGCGCCCACGCCACGCCCUUCCCGCCCGUGGCCUUCUACGGCCUCACGCUCUUCUCCGCCAACUUCUUCUGCUGCGCCCGCGACGUGGCUGCUGUCUUCACCCUCUGCUUCCCAGCCAUCUUCCUCUUCGGACUCCUCCCUCAAGUCAACACGUUCUUCAUGUACAUUUUGGAGCAGGUGGACAUGCACAUCUUUGGUGGAACAGCUGCCACCAGCCCCUUCACCGCCCUCUUCGGCCUCCUCCGCAGCAUCCUCGUGGCUGCCCUUCUGUACGGGUUCUGCCUUGGAGCCAUCAAGGCUCCCUGGGAUGAUCAGCACGUGCCUGUCCUCUUCUCGGUCUUCUGUGGACUCCUCAUGGCUCUCUCCUAUCACCUGAGCCGGCAGAGCAGCGAUCCCACUGUCCUCUGGUCCCUGAUCCGGACCAAGCUCUUCCCGGAGUUCGAGAACGGCAGCGUGGAGACCCCUCCCGUCGGGAUUAAGGACCCCCUGCCCGAGAAACUGCGCAGUUCGCUGCGGGAGAUCCUUCAUUCCGACCUGGUCAUGUGUCUGGUCAUCGCAGUCCUGACCUUUGCCAUCAGCGCCAGCACGGUCUUCAUCGCCCUUAAGUCUGCACUCGAAUACGUGCUCUAUGCCCUGGCGGGCCUGGUCGGCUUCCUCGCUCAUUACCUGCUGCCCCAGCUCCGGAAGCAGCAGCCCUGGUUCUGCCUCUCGCAGCCGAUGCUCAAGCCGCGGGAGUACAGCCAGUUUGAAGUGCGCAGUGCUGCCCAGAUGAUGUGGUUCGAGAAACUCUACGCCUGGCUCCAGUGCGUGGAGAAGUAUUUCAUCUACCCGGCCGUGGUGCUCUACGCCCUCACCACGGAUGCCCACUCUGCCAGCGCUACCCAGCAGGACUGCAUCUACUGCCGUGCCCUCUUUGUCACCAUCGCAGGCCUGAAGCUUCUGCGCUGCUCCUUUUGCUGUUCCUCCCAGCAGUACGUCACGCUGGGCUUCACUGUUCUCUUCUUCCGGUUCGACUACAAGCACUUCUCCAAGGGCUUCCUCGCGGACUACUUCGUCAUGUCCGUCCUCUUCAGCAAGCUGUGGGAUCUCUUGUACAAGCUGCGGUUCGUGCUCACCUACAUCGCCCCCUGGCAGAUCACGUGGGGCUCGGCUUUCCACGCCUUCGCUCAGCCUUUCGCCGUGCCUCACUCGGCCAUCCUCUUCGUCCAGGCCGUCCUCUCCGCUCUCUUCUCCACCCCUCUCAACCCGCUGCUGGGCAGUGCCGUCUUCAUCAUGUCCUACGCCCGCCCGGUCAAGUUCUGGGAACGGGACUACAACACCAAGAGGGUCGACCACUCCAACACCCGGCUGGCCACGCAACUCGAUCGCAACCCAGGAGCUGACGACAACAACUUGAACUCCAUCUUCUACGAACACCUGACGCGCUCCCUGCAGCACACGCUCUGCGGGGACCUGCUGCUGGGCCGGUGGGGCAACUACGCCACGGGCGACUGCUUCAUCCUGGCCUCGGACUACUUGAACGCCCUGGUGCACCUCAUCGAGAUCGGGAACGGCCUGGUCACCUUCCAGCUGCGAGGCCUCGAGUUCCGCGGGACCUACUGCCAGCAGCGCGAGGUGGAGGCCAUCACGGAGGGCGUGGAGGAAGACGAGGGCUGCUGCUGCUGCGAGCCGGGCCACCUGCCCCGCAUGCUGAGCUUCAACGCGGCCUUCGGGCAGCGCUGGCUGGCCUGGGAGGUGGCGGCCACCAAGUACGUCCUGGAGGGCUACAGCAUCAGCGACAACAACGCGGCCUCCAUGCUCCAGGUCUUUGACCUGCGGAAGAUCCUCAUCACGUACUACGUUAAGAGCAUCAUUUACUACGUGACUUGCUCCCCCAAGCUGGAGGAGUGGUUGGGCAGCGAGGGCAUCCAGGAGGCCCUGAGACCGUGCACCUCUCUCAACUACGCCGACAGCGACCCCACCUUCAACCUCAACAUCGAUGAGGACUACGACCACCGCAUGGCGGGGAUCACCCUGGCUUCCUUCUGCAACAUCUACCUCGACUGGAUCCAGUACUGUGCUGGGCGGAGGGAAAAGCCAUUGGACCGGGACUGGAACUCCCCUCUGGUCACCCUGUGCUUCGGCCUCUGCAUCUUGGGGCGCCGGGCGCUGGGCACCGCCUCCCACAGCAUGUCGGCCAGCCUGGAGCCCUUCCUGUACGGCUUGCAUGCGCUCUUCAAGGGCGACUUCCGGAUCACCUCGCCUCGUGACGAGUGGGUCUUCGCCGACAUGGAUCUGCUGCACCAUGUGGUGGCGCCCGGGGUGCGCAUGUCCCUCAAGCUACACCAGGACCACUUCACCUCCCCGGACGAAUACGACGACCCGGCGGUGCUGUACGACGCCAUCACCUCCAACGAGGAGAAGAUGGUGAUCUCGCACGAAGGGGACCCGGCCUGGCGCAGCGCCAUCCUCACCAACACCCCCGCCCUGCUGGCUCUGCGCCACGUGAUGGACGAUGCCAGCGACGAGUACAAAAUCAUCAUGCUCAACAAGCGCUACCUCGGAUUCCGGGUCAUCAAGGUGAACCGGGAGUGCGUGCGGGGCCUGUGGGCCGGGCAGCAGCAGGAGCUGGUCUUCCUCCGGAACCGGAACCCCGAGCGGGGCAGCAUCCAGAACGCCAAGCAGGCCCUGCGCAACAUGAUCAACUCCUCCUGCGACCAGCCCAUCGGCUACCCCAUCUACGUCUCGCCCCUCACCACCUCCUACGCCAGCAGCCACCCCCAGCUGCACUCGCUCUGGGGGGGCCCCGUCAGCCUGCACAACAUCUCGGCUUGGUUCAUCCGGAGCUGGGAGAGGUUGCAGAAAGGCUGCGGGGCUGGCUGCAACAGCGGAGGGAACAUCGAGGAUUCGGACUGCGGCGGCGGCUCUUCCUCCCUCAGCAAUAAUCCCGCUGGGCACGGCUCUCAGGUUCCAGGCAGCACCGCCCACACAGCUUUGCCAGCGGUUGCAAACCCCGCGGAGCCUGGAGUCACGACCGCCCAGCCUCAGGCAGGUCUCGAGUCGGGCCUCCCUCCUCCGAGCCAGAGCUGGCUGGUCCAGCCCCAACCGGCCCCCUUGCUGAGCCAGGGUGACGGACGGCCCCUGCCCACCCCGGCUGCCUCCUGGCCUCCGGGCCCGCAUUUCCUGGGCGGCCAGCUCUCCUGCGCCAGUUCCUUGGCGUCUGUGGCCGAGGGGACGGGACGUGCCCCUCUGCCUCUGCGCCCGGGCCUGGGCAACCCCUCGGCCUUCGCCUACGAGGGCCUCUGCGGCAAGUGGAGCCUGCCCAGCCGCAAGGGACUGAACGGGCUGGGAGCGGGCGACGGCGAGGCCCCUCCUGGAACGCCCCCCGCCGCCGGCACAAAAGAGAACUCUUCCUUAUCAUCUCCGCUGGGGACGACGGGCGUGGCGGGGAGCCCGAAGCCUCAGCAGCAGCAGCCGCCGCCACCCACCCCGGAAGGCGCCAGCGACUCGACCCCGUUGCCUGCAGAGACGCCAGCGCUGCCCCGAGGCGCCUGCCCCCUUCCUGAGCCGGCUCCCGUGGUGGCCGAGUGGGGGCGCCAGCGGGAGGAAGAGGAGAGCCCCGUGGCUGUGCAGCCACUCCUGGACCAUCAAUACUGAGCGGGUGGGGAGCACUUCAUGGCCUACCAAAUCACGGGCUGGUCCCGUCCUGACUCUUCCUUCCACCUUCCCUUGGCCCCCUUUCAGAAGCAAAAAGACACUUUCCAGCCCCUCUCUCCCUCCUUCAGGACCAUGGACAGCAAUAAGGGGAGUGGGGGCUCCUCCUCCGUGCCCGCUGCAGCCUUCUGGGUUUCUGGGGACCUUGCAGGGGGGAGGAGAACCCCAUGCACUGCCCCCUCUCCCCACCCCUGCUUCCCCAGACCCAGCUUGGACACCACUCAAGGAGAUUUCUUUUUCUGCCGCCGCCGCCGCCGUCCCGGGCGGGGGCUUAAGGACCUCUUUUUAUUUUAUUUUAAUUUUUUUUCCCCUUGCCCUUCCCAUUCUCCUGGUUCCUGGAUUUCAGUUGGUAUAAAAAAUAAAAAUGCAGGGAACAAAAAAAAAACAACAAAAAAAACCAACCACAAAGAACCCAAAAGGUGUCCACAA